GUGAUGUCGCAGGAAGCGAUGGAUUAGCUGAAUCGAGUAUUGAUGCAGUUGAUGGUUCUUUGCGAUUUUAUAUUGACGAAAUAGAAUCUUUGAGAUGCACCUUAAUGGAAUCGCAUGCAACAAAUGAGCAGAUACGCCAGCAAAUGAAUCGAUGGAAAGCAAUAGCUACUAGUUCUCACAGAGUGCAGCUUGAUUUGGACAUGUUUAAUGGUACGGUGGCAAACUCGGAUUUAGAAAGGGCUUUGGUACCGAAUUCAACUUCCUCGCUGAUCCAAGAGGCGAAAGCAGACAUUGAACGCUUGCCAGACGAGGAAACCGCAAAUGAGGGGAUGGAUGUGAUGAGUAGUAAUGCACUGAAGACGAAAAUAAUGGAGGAAAAUUUUGGUGUGGACGCAGAUUAUGCUGAUGAGUUCAGAGAUGAUGAAGAUGGGGAUGAACAAAUUGAGAACGAAGCAGAAACAGGUGAUCCAUUUCGAUCUGGUAGAUCCCAAGUUGCUUGA